CAUUUCUAUUAUUAUUAGCAUAAUAUUCAAAUAGCAAUACUCUACUUACUGUACUGUACUACUUACUACUUUACUUAGGAGUUAUGGUUUGUCACUUUUGACACACUCAACAUAAGACAUUGAUUGCUUCUCAAUGAAAACAUCAUGGGCAGUCCUGCUUCCAAUAAUUAUGUUCAUGAGAAACCGGCUGCUCGUGUAACUGUUUUGGAUGCAGCUGAUUUUGACUCUGAGAUUCAAAGGAUUCUAAAGGAGCAGUUGUUGAAGAUUGUCGGUACUUUAUCCCCAUCACUUGUGAAAUGCGAGCCAGAAUUAGAUGCUUUACUAUCUGCUGUGAUAUGGAAGCUUUCAAUGAGUCAUUGCCAAGCAACGUUUGGCCAGCAGUUGCUCAGUCUGAAGUACGGGCGAGACAUUACGCCAGUUAGAGCAGCCGCAUGGGCUACCCUUAACAUCGGUUGUCGGUAUCUUAGCUACCGAUCCACAGAGCUGACAUCUCUCCUAGUCCCAUCUCAGCACAAGAACCAGGUGUCUCGGCUCCUAGGAUGGCUGGAGCUCUGUGUCCAGGUAGCCUCUCUACUCAACUAUCUGCUGUUUCUGAGACAAGGAGUGUUCCCCAACCUGACAGAUCGUCUGGUGAACAUCAAACCUGUUUCUGCCACAUCUAUGUCUCGAGUGGUCGGUUACAGCUACAUGACCCGAGAACUAUUGUGGCACGGUUUCAUUGAACUGUUGGUGUUUGUUUUUCCCCUCGUGAACUACAAGUACCUACAGCGGUAUGUUCGCAAGUGUGUAGGCUACACCAGAGCCAAAGAUGGAAGGCAGGAGAGUUUAGUGUACACUGUGGCCACCAGGUGUGCAGUGUGUCUGGAGCCCCCCGUCCUGCCCCAUCACAUGGGCUGUGCCCACAGUUUCUGCUAUUAUUGCGUUCAGUCAAACCGAAUGGCAGACUCAAAAUUUGAGUGUCCAAGUUGCGGUCACUCAGACGAAAAUCCCUCAGCAGUCCAACCUGUCACUGCAAGAUUCUCCGGCAACUCAUGACACUCCAGCUCCAGUGUGAUUUGGAAAUUAUUUAUAACCUGUUUCUGAAUAAUAGAAAUACACUGGUGUAGGCAUGUAUGAACUUAUCUGGAUGAGUUUCGGAUGGAUUUGGCCAGAACUAGUUAAAGCAAAAUUAUUUUAUUUUAAAAAUCAGGACUGCAUUACUUCAGAUUUUUUUUAUUGAUUUGGUUUUCUUUGGCUACAUAGUAAUCAAUAGUUCUACAUGAACAUCAAGAUGGAUUUAUGGAGAUGGAUGGUUAUUUGAGUACUGGUGGUGUUGAGUUAUGGGCUAGUUGUGUUGUUACAAUAAUUUCUUCAUCAGGUAUAAAUGUUAGUAUCUCAACUUUGUCCACAGUUUGACAGAAUUUGUAAAAUGUCCACUAAUACUCAGGUGGCUUUUAAUUCCAGCCAAUUAAAACUGUUUUCCUUAA